CAGACCACUCACCUUUAGCGCAGCUUAAUUACAUGGCUCUGUUAAGAGAGAAGAGACUGCAGCUCUCGCUGCACGUCCCGACCCGCGCAGCCGAAGCCCUGGAUGCCGUCCACCGGCGUCCCAACCCAGUAGCGGCCACGCUAGCGGCGUCGACACCGGCAGCGGCGCGGUCGAGCCAGUUCCGCCUUGCCGAUUUUGACAAGCUCACCGUUCUGGGCCGCGGGAACGGCGGCACCGUAUACAAGGUCCGGCACCGGGAGACGUGCGAGCUCUACGCGCUCAAGGUGCAGCACUGCAACGGCGACCCGACCGCAGCCGCCGAGGCAGAGGUGCUCAGCCGCACGGCCUCGCCAUUCAUCGUCCGCUGCCACUCCGUCCUCCCCGGCGCGGCCUCUGGGGACGUCGCCAUGCUCCUCGAGCUGGUGGACGGCGGGUCACUCGACUCGAUCGUCAAGAGCCGAAGGGCUCACGCGUUCCCGUUCCCGGAGGAAGCACUGGCCGAGGUCGCGGCGCAGGCGCUCUCGGGGCUGGCAUACCUCCACGCGCGCCGCAUCGUGCACCUGGACAUCAAGCCGGGGAACCUUCUGGUCAGCACGGGCGGUGAAGUCAAGGUCGCCGAUUUCGGCAUCGCCAAGGUGCUCCCGCGCGCCGGGGCCGACGACGCCCGCUGCAAGUCCUACGCGGGCACCGCGGCCUACAUGAGCCCCGAGCGGUUCGACCCGGAGGCGCACGGAGGCCACUACGACGCGUACGCCGCGGACGUGUGGGGGCUCGGGGUCACCGUCCUGGAGCUCCUCAUGGGCCGCUACCCGCUCCUCCCCGCCGGGCAGCGGCCCAGCUGGCCCGCGCUCAUGUGCGCCAUCUGCUUCGGGGAGACGCCCGUGCUGUCUGACGGUGAGGCGUCCGCGGAGCUCAGGGGAUUCGUCGCCGCGUGCCUGCGGAAGGAUCACACGAAGCGAGCGUCCGUUGCGGAGCUGCUGGCUCACCCGUUUGUUGCCGGGAGGGACGUGGCCACGUCCAAAUGCGCGCUCCGGAAGCUGGUCACCGAGGCUUCGACGUCACCAUGAUCCCGCCGGGCGGCAGCGCUGUGCACAUACAUAGACAGGAUCAAUUUUGUUAGCCUGUACAGAAGUACGUGUAUAUGUGCAGAGCAUAU